AUGAAUUGGGUGGUCGAUUUAUUUUUCUCAGGCGAAUUACUAACUCCCCCUCGGUACAAACUAUAUUAUAAUAAUACAUAAUCAAUGUUUAUAAUAAGUAAAUUAUUUUAAAUUUUAGAGAGCUUUAUUCUAAGACUUAAUUUUUUAGAUUUUUCAUUGCAAAUAUUUACAAAUUUAGAAAAAAUUAACCACCUUGGUUAGCCAGGGGAAUUAAGGUCUCAACUUCGCACAUUUAAAGAUUCUGAAGAUUUAACAGCUGAAGAAUGUGAUAUAAUUGAAAAGGCUUAUAACAAAGGUUGGUGGAUGCAGAAUCUUUCUCAGCUCCCGAUUAUGUAUUUAGCUGUCACAGCGCUUAGCAGUAAAAACAUUUAUAAAUUAUCUUUGCGGAAAAAAGCAGGUGCUUAUUUGCUUGUUGGAAGUGGACUUGGUGCUUGCUAUUUGAUUUUAGGAACAUUUAUAUGAAAUUAUUGUUCUCAGGAAGCAGAACCUGUUUUGAAAAACUUUUUUAAGAAUUAUAAUCCAUAG